AUGACCAAUAAUAGUACCACCUCUUCACCGGGGAAAUGGCAAUCCUCACGGCCGUUUAACCACCCGGAAGACCACGAUCGCGACCAAGGCUUGUCGGAAACAACGCCACUACUUGCUCAUAGGGACGAAGACCUAGAGGAUGAUGACGAUUCCGCCGACUCGGUAGCUCAGCAGAAGAAGCGUGGGCUGCGAUGGCCUACGGUGACCGCACUCGUCGUUCUUUGUCUCUCAGUCAUUGCCAUUUUGAUCCUAGGAUUCGCUGCCCCAUCGAUGAUGAAACAAUAUGUCCAAGAAGCCACCACGUUCAAGCCAACCGGUCUUUCUAUUACAUCUUUUACGCCCUCUGGAAUAAAAGCGAGGGUGCGUGGUACCCUAGUUUUGGAUGCAUCUCGUGUGAAGAACCCUACCAUCCGGGAUCUGGGCAGAUUCGGCACUUGGAUAGGACGUGAGGUUGAGACCGAAAACUCGAUGGUGGAAGUAUACCUCCCAGAGUAUGAUGAUGCACUGCUGGCCACUGUUACCAUUCCUCCGAUCAAAGUUACUGUUCGAAAUGGAUAUCUUAAUGAGAUCGACUUUAUUGCAGAGCUGGCUACGGGUGAUCCGGAUGGAAUCAAGGGAGCUAUUAGUGACUUUAUUGAAGGGAAUAUCGCUCAAUUGAGCCUUAAAGGAAUGGCGAAGGUCCCAUUGAAGUCUGGUAUUCUGUACUUAGGAUCACAACAUAUUACAGAGACUGUGGUACUUCAAGACUUCUCCUCUCCUCCGGAUUUUAACAUUACCAAAUUGGAUGUUCAUGAGCGUUCGGGUCCCGGCAAAUCAAAAGCCAUAGUUGCUGAUGUGUCUGUUGCAAUCUCGAAUCGGUACCCUGUCCACUUGACAUUACCACCUGUCGAGUUCAAUAUACUUGUUCCUAGCUGCGCUCCUGAUGAUGCCUACAUUAUGGUGGCGAAUGCCACAACAGACUCAGUGAGUAUUGAGCCGAGCGAACCAGUAACCAUAUCUAUGCAUGGCUUUGCACCCAAGGUUCCGCAAGAACUAAUUAGCAGCUGUCCUGGAACUACCACGUCGCCACUUGAUUUGUUGAUCAGUAAGUACAUUCGUGGACUCGUUACCACAAUUUAUGUACGUGGAGGAUCCCUGGUCUCUCCGGCUGUCCCUCAGUGGUUACAGGAACUGCUGAAUAGUGUUACCAUCCCAUUCCCUUUUACUAGCCCAGGGUUUUCACGAUUAAUUAAACGCUUCUCGAUGAAAAAUGUUCAAUUCUACCUUCCUAGCCCGUUUGCGAAACCAAAUACCCCAGAAUCUAUGCCCAAGGUUUCAGCAUUGGUACAAGCUGUUGUUGAUUUACCCAGGCAGCUUGAUGUCCCUGUGAACGUCUCACGGGUCCGCACCAAUGCUAAUGUGUUCUAUCAUGACCACAAACUUGGCAUUAUCGACAUAAAGGAGUGGCAGAAUGCAAGAGUCCGACGAGUCGUAGAUGACUCAGAUGGAAAGCCAACAAUGGUAGUAGAAUUCGAUAUUCAAAAGGCACCCCUGCAGGUAACGGAUGAGGAUCUCUUAUCUGAAGUCCUACAAAAGAUGCUUUUCGAACGCCAAGAUAUCCCCCUUCGAGUCGAUGCCCAUGUCGACGCAGAGCUGCAGUCAGCCCUUGGCGAGUUUAUCGUCCGAGACAUUCCUUCCGGUGGAAAUAUCAUCGUUCGACCACCAUACGGUUCAGGCGCUACUUUUAACGAUAUAAAUCUUCAUAUGCAGUCUAUCAAGGUUGUUGAAACCACGAAGGAUAGCGUACUUUCCCGGGUUACUGUGGAUUUUACCAACCCGACCAAUUACACUGCACAUAUGCCUUACUUCGACAUCAAAUUGGUUCAUAAUUCUAGCGAUGUUGCGCAUAUAAUCGGGCAUAACCUUCAUAUUCACCCAGGGCAAAAUACAGGAGUCAAGAUCGAUGCGUUGUGGAGCCCCUUGGAAUCGGGCAGUAAGGAGGGCGCGACUGCAGGGCGGGACCUCGUGUCGAAAUGUGUUUCGGGGAAAAACACAACCGUUACCCUCAAGGCAUAUACAAACACUAUCCCAUCACUCCCUCGACUUGGCAAAGCAUUAUCCAAGGUUGAGAUUGAAGUUCCUCUCCCUAAGCUACACCUUCCUGGCCAGGGGGAUGGAAACAGCGGAUCAUUGAUCAAAGAUGCAACGUUACAUCUUUUGACGUCUACUGCCGAUUUUACAAUUAUGUCGCCGCUCUCGUCAGAGACUCUUUAUAUCACGCACAUCAACGCCACGUCAUUUUUCAACCACACGUCUCCUGUUGGUACAAUUCAAUACGAUAUGUCUUUCGCAGUCCCGCCAGGGUCGUCUCUCUCUCCGAGACUCCCUGUCCACCCUGACCUGACCGGUGCAGGCUACCAGGCAUUAAAGGAUGCUUUGGGUGGGGCCCUGCAUCUCGAUUUAUUGGCUGACAUCGGAGUCAGGCUGGGAGAAUAUAGGCAAACUGUCGAUUACACGGGCCAAGGAAUAGGAAUAAAUGUGGGCUGGUAA